GAUGUAAAACCCCAAAACCAAACCAGCUGCUGUUGAGUCGAUUCUGACUCACGGCAAUGCCAUGUGUGUGUCAGAGCAGAGCUGUGUUUCACAGGGUUUUCAAUGACUCUGAUCUUUCAGAAAUAGAUCUCCAGGCCUUUCUUCUGAUGUGCCUCUGGCUGAAUUUGAAUUGCCAACCUUUAGGUUAGUAGCUGAGCACUUAAUUGCUUGUACCACCCAGGAUCUCCUAAAAGAUGUGAAGCCUGGACGUAUUGGCAGAAUUCAGUGUGGCACAAAAUACUGAAACUUUGUCGGUUAGCUACAACAGUUCUAAUGAGGGUUAUUUACUUCACAUUGCCGUAGUUGAGAUUGUUUCUGUGUUUCUAAAACAAACAUCUACUUUCAGGAAUUUACAACUCAGGAAGAGAAAUGGAGCAGUAUAAGAGAAAUACGGAAAUGGGAGAAUGAAAAUAGUUUGAAGCAGAAAGAUUUUUUUUUCUCAAGCCCUACACAUAUUUAGGUAUAAUUUACAUAAAAUUAGUUGGAAAAGUGUUUUCUUUCCUAUUUUGAAACAUUUCUCCUUCUUUUUCUGAGUUAUUCCUGAUCUGUUAACCCGAACUCACUGCCCCCUAAGCUUCCGAUCUGAUCUUUCAGAUUGCUGUGGUCAGUUUGAUCCCAUAUAGGUAGAUCUUGAAAGAGCACAAUGCUCAAGGCAGACAUUCUUAACUAAUUGAUCUAUUGUUUGGUUUUGAGAAGACUACGGGAAAUAUUUUUGGUUUAAGGUUAAAGGUUAUCUCAGGGCAAUAGUUUCAGGGAUUCAUCCAGCCUCCAUGGCUCUAGAAAAUCUGGAUUCCAUGGGAAUUAAAAAUUCUGUUCUGCAUUUUCUCCCUUUUGAUCAGGAUUCUUCCAUGGAAUCUUUAAUCAAAACGUUCAGUAAGGGUAGCUGGGCACCAUCCAGUUCUUCAGGUCUCAUGGUAACAGGAGCAGCUGUCCAUGAAGGCAGUUAGCCUCACAUUCCAUGUCCUCCUCCUGUUCCUGACUCUUCUUCUCUUGCUCCAGGUGCGUAGAGACCAGUUGUUGUACUUCGGAUGGUUGCUUGCAAGAUUUAAGGCCCCAGGCGCACUAAAAAAAAUUUUUUUUUUUUGGAACAGAAGCACUAAACACAAUUUCAGGCCAAUUAACUAGGAUUUCCCAUGAAACCAGGACCCUAAACUCCAGACCAAGGAACCAAAUCCCAUGAGGUGUUCAGCUGCACACAGCAGCCUCAGCAUCUACACUUAGUUUUGUCAGCUUUGUAAAUAUAUCUGUCAUGGAUUGAAUUGUGGCCCCCCAAAAUGUGUAUCAACUUGCCUAGGCUGUGAUUCCCAGUAUUGUGUGGUUGUCCACCAUUUUGUCAUCUGAUGUGAUUUUCCUGUGUGUUUUAAACCCUACCUCUGUGAUGUUAAUGAGGCAGGAUUAGAGGCAGUUAAUGUCAAUGAGGCAGGAUUCAAUCUACAGGAUUAGGUUGUGUCUUCAGGCAAUCUCUUUUGAGAUAUAAAACAGAGAAGUGAAGCAGAGACGUGGGAGGACCUCAUACCACCAAGGAAGCACCGCCAGGAGCAGAGUGCGUCCUUUGGACCUGAGGUUCCUGCACUGAGACGCUCCUAGAUCAAGGAAAGUGAUGACAAAGACCUUCCCCCAGAGCUGACAGAGAGAGAAAGCCUUCCCUUGGAGCUGGUGCCCUGAAUUCAAACUUCUAGCCUCCUAGACUAUGAGAGAGUAAAUUUCUCUUUGUUAAAGCCAUCCACUUGUGGUAUUUCUGUUGUAGCAGCACUAGAUGACUAAGAAUAUCAAUCACAAAACUUUUUGCCAAUUCAGCUUAAAGGUGUACAACUUACAGCAAUUACAGUAAUCAGCCAUGCAAACCUACCCUCAGUCACCCCGACCUUUCCAUCAUUGUAAACUGAAACUCUGCUCCACAAGCAAUGACCACCCCCCCUUCAGCCCCUAAAAUUCAAGUAUGUUUGAAGGUGACUGUGUGUCUUACAGGGGCGGGGGAGAAGGGGGAGGAAGAUUUAAACCUUUGGUGACCCAGUUAUUUUUUGCUUUGAAUUUUUUUGUUGACACCAUGUGUUUUCAUCAGUGAAAGCACGCUGAGUCAUUGAAUGUGUCUGAAUUUUUGGUUAAGAGCUUGGCUGCCAACCAAAAGGCUAGCAGCUCAAAUCCACCAUCCGCUCCUCGGAAACCUUAUGGCAUAGUUGCGCUCUGUCCCGUAGGGUUGCUAUGUGACGGAAUUGAUGAGGUGGCAGCAGGUUUGGUUUUUGGUUUGAGUAUGGAUUUUUUUUUCUUGCCCCCCCCACAAGCUUACUCUAACUGUUUAGUGGUACAUAUGAAGUACCAGUAAUCAUACCCCAGAGUCCCCACAGGGUCUGUUAGUACAUGUGUAACAAAAAUUUUCAAAAUUUCUAUUUUUCCUACCCAAAAUUCAGACACCUCAUAUAAUAUCCUGUAAAAACCAUAAUUUGCAGCACACGCCCAUUUUUUUGGUUUCAAACAGUCACAGAGGCCCCUGCCUUACGGCAGCAUGCACUACCAGUGGUGCAGCAGUUUUCCAAUAAACCCCAGAGGCUAAAAAAUUCAUGGUUGCUCUAUGUACUGCUGGGCUCAAAAGGGUUAAAGGAGAAGCAGGAGAUAUUGCUGGAGAGACAGAAGUCCUCUCAUGUUUAGAGCUGAGUCAUGAGAGAGAGUUGAGUAAUUAUCUGGGACAAAAUGAGGCAGUAUUCAUUUUUGGUCUGAGCAUAGAACUUGAGCUGAGCUCUUCACCUUGAUCUGAGCGUAGAAUUGUCCUUGAAGAUAUUGCUGGGGUCAUUCUGUGUAGGGCAACGUUGCCAGGUCAGUUCAACAGCAAAAUGCUGCGGGAGAUGCUGACUUCAUUACUGAACACAGGAUAAACGCAAGAGAAGCACUCAGAAGAUAUUCCACUGUUCCAAGAUUUUCAAAGUUCCUGUUGAAGCUGCUGUCCAGUGGGUCCUGACUCACGGCGACCCCAUGUGUGUCAGAGUAGAACUGUGCUCCAUAGGGUUUUCAGUGGCUGAUUUUUUGGAAGUAGAUCGUCGGGCCUUUCUUCUGACGGGCUUCUGGGUGGACUUGGACCUCCGUGAGACAACACAGCAAAGCCGUAUGGUGCUCACAGGUCUCUGAGAGAAGAUGAAUUUGGCUGAGAUUUGUGACAAUGCAAAGAAAGGAAGAGAAUAUGCGCUUCUGGGGAAUUAUGACUCGUCCAUGGUCUAUUACCAGGGGGUGAUACAGCAGAUCCAGAGACAUUGCCAGUCAGUCAGAGACCCGGCUGUCAAAGGCAAAUGGCAACAGGUUCGGCAGGAACUAUUGGAAGAAUAUGAGCAAGUGAAAAGCAUUGUCAGCACUUUAGAAAGCUUUAAAAUGGACAAGCCCCCAGAUUUCCCUGUGUCCUGUCAAGAUGAGCCAUUUAGAGACCCUGCUGUGUGGCCACCUCCUGUCCCUGCAGAGCACAGAGCACCACCUCAGAUAAGGCGUCCCAGCCGAGAAGUAAGACCUCUGAGAAAAGAAAUGCCUGGAGUAGGAGCCCGGGGACCUGUAGGCCGAGCACAUCCUACGUCCAGGAGUGAAAAGCCCUCUGCGAGUAAGGACAAGGAUUAUAGAGCCCGAGGGAGAGAUGACAAGGGAAGGAAAAAUACGCCAGAUGGUGCAGGCGAUGGUGAAAUUCCAAAAUUUGAUGGCGGUGGGUACGAUAAGGACCUGGUGGACGCUCUUGAGAGAGACAUUGUCUCCAGGAACCCUGGCAUUCAUUGGGAUGACAUUGCUGAUUUGGAGGAAGCUAAGAAGUUGCUGAGGGAAGCUGUCGUCCUUCCAAUGUGGAUGCCUGACUUUUUCAAAGGGAUUAGAAGGCCUUGGAAGGGUGUGCUGAUGGUUGGACCACCGGGCACCGGUAAGACUAUGCUGGCUAAAGCUGUUGCCACCGAGUGUGGCACAACAUUCUUCAACGUUUCGUCUUCUACGCUGACAUCGAAAUAUAGAGGUGAAUCUGAGAAGUUAGUCCGUCUGUUGUUUGAGAUGGCUAGAUUUUACGCCCCCACCACAAUCUUCAUCGAUGAGAUAGAUUCCAUCUGCAGUCGAAGAGGAACCUCUGAUGAACACGAGGCAAGCCGAAGAGUCAAGUCUGAGCUCCUCAUUCAGAUGGAUGGAGUUGGAGGAGCUUUAGAAAACGAUGAUCCUUCCAAAAUGGUUAUGGUAUUGGCUGCUACGAAUUUCCCAUGGGACAUCGAUGAAGCUUUGCGUCGGCGAUUAGAAAAAAGGAUAUACAUACCUCUGCCAGCAGCGAAAGGAAGAGCUGAGCUCCUGAAGAUCAGUCUUCGAGAGGUUGAGUUAGAUCCUGAUAUUCAGCUGGAAGACAUCGCAGAGAAGAUUGAGGGCUAUUCUGGUGCUGACAUAACUAACGUGUGCAGGGAUGCCUCUUUAAUGGCAAUGAGACGGCGAAUCAACGGCUUAAGUCCAGAGGAGAUCCGCGCACUUUCUAAAGAGGAACUCCAGAUGCCUGUCACCAAAGGAGACUUUGAGUUGGCUCUUAAGAAAAUUGCUAAGUCUGUCUCUGCCGCGGAUCUGGAGAAGUAUGAGAAGUGGAUGGUUGAAUUUGGAUCAGCUUGAAUUUCUGUCAGCUCUUUCAUUUCUGGUAUUUUUUAUUAUAAAAUGUAAAGAAAUUCUCCAGUUUUUUUAAAAAUCAGGUUUGGAAUUUUUCAGUGGACAGAUUUUCACUUAAAGGAAAAAAAAAAAACCCAUAAACCUCAAAAGAUAUUAAAUGUAGCUGAGAAGGAGAAAAGCUUACAUGGAGAGCCUGGUGGUCCCCUUUACCUGGCUUUGGGGCGGCCCAUCACAUAUUGUCAACCCUCUGUAUCCAAGGAUCCACAUCCGAGGCCUCAACCAACAGCAGACUGAAAAUAUUUGGAAAAAUUUCGGAAAGUUCCAAAAAGCAGAACUUGAAUUUGCCACAUGUUGAGUACUAUGCUGAGUCCACACAAACGAAGUGGUGUGCCAGCAUACCCUGCUGUAGCCUCCCACCACUUCACAGGUCCUCAGUCUCUCUCUAGUGCUCAUUGUUGGAACAUUGUUCACCUUGUGUCUUGUCGUUAUUCCUGAAGCAGUACAAUACUGUAUAACAACUAUUUACGUAGUAUUUAUAUUGUAUUAGGUAUUAUAAGUAAUCUAGAGAUGAUUUAAAGUAUAUGGGAGGAUGUGCAUAGGUUAUGUGCAAAUACUAUGCCAUUUUAUAUAAGGGACUUGAGCAUGCCCGGAUUUUAUUAUUUGUGGGGGUCCUGGAACCAGUUCCUCUCAGAUACCAAGGGACGACUGGUAUUCAUGUGUUAAUAUUGCACUCUCCAACCAGGAUAGCAGGGAGGGGAAGAAGACUGUCAGUGUAUAAUUUCAGGAACUUGUUUACAGAAGAUCUAGAAGAAACUCUGUUUCUCACUUGCAUUUGUUGUUUCUUUUUUCAGUUCUUGGUCUGUGAACGCGAGGACCUACAUAAGUUUAAGAUUAAAAAUAGGUUUGUGUCAAGUUCAUUAUUUUGUUGUUAAGAGUGAUAGUAAAUUUGGGGUAAAUAAUGAAUUUGCUAGUUGGGCCCUUUAGGAUUCAACUAUUACUUACUGUUAGAGUCUUUCAUAUGGUUCUAAUUUUUACUAGCCCCUCCUGUCCCCCACAGUUCUUAUGUUAGCUAUUUAAUCAUUUCUACUAUAGCUUUUUUUUUUCUCAGUCCCUCCACUGUUAGAUUUUUGUUGAAUUUAAGUAUUCUAAAUAAAAAACUCCUGCUCCCCCA